AUGUCUACUUGGGAAGCCCCAGUGACUAACUUUGAGGUCAUUGAGGGCGAAAAAGAGAACAUAGUGCCACUGCGUUCUGGAAGAUCUGCAACGGCACUUUCUAAAUCAAUUUCUGACAAAACAGAGCUUACAAGUGGAAGUCGAAUACCUGAAAAAAGACUGGAGUUUGAAAAGCGACUGCUACAAGAACUUGAGGAUCUAGAUGACCCGCUGGAGCUGUUUCUGGAGUAUAUCACAUGGAUAAAUGUGGCCUAUCCACAGGGGGGACAAUCCAAGCAAAGUGGGAUGUUGGAAACCCUGGAGCGGUGUCUCAUGUACUUCCGGGACUUUGAUACGUAUAAAAAUGACCCCAGAUACCUGAAGAUGUGGAUGUGGUAUAUUGAGCUUUUUGCAGGAUCACAAAAUGAAAAGCAGAGCCUCUACGUUUAUAUGACGAGAAAACAAAUUGGCUCAAGGCUUUCACUUUUUUAUGAGAGUCUGGCGGACUUCUUGAAGCUGCAGUCGGAUUAUUCGCAAGCUAGAGACGUCUUACAAAAAGGAAUCGAAAACGGUGCAAGACCCCUUGCAAGACUGCGAAAAACUGUGCAGAACUUUGAUGAUUUAAUGGAUACCCUGAAUAUAAAGGUAAAAAACGUGGCGGCUGGAGAAAGUGUGCUAGAUCAGAGUAUCAACCAUAUGAUUUUGGGAAAAGAAAAGGGUCGAAUACAAGAAUCGUCCCCAGCUUCGCUUCCUUCACAAUCUUCUUUAAAACGAAUGAUUUUCAGAGACGUAAAAAAAGAGGAUCAGUUCGAAACUCUGCGAAAAGAUGGUUGGGAUAGUUUAGAUUCCAAAGUACAUCGAAAUAAGGAAAACGAACACACUAUACAUCCUCUGGAACCUGGUACAAACGUUGGUGUACUUAGACAAGAAGAAGCUUCCAAGAUGUCUGUGAGUAGACUACCGAUUUUCAAGGAUUCUAUUGGUAGAAGUGGACCCAUCUAUAAGAUUUUGGAAAUCUCCGGUAGGAAAGCUGAAAAGAUCGAUUGUAAUUUUGAUCUCAUAUACCCAAGCAAAGAUCAAGAAUUUUGCAUUGAAGAGCUUCUCGCAAUUUCUCGAAACAUAUAUCACAGAAAAAGACCUAGAAAACGACAUCAGGAGACGGAAAAUAACGAUCAACUGCUCCAGCAAAAUCCCCCCAAGAAAUCAAAGCAGAUUCUACGAGAAGUCACUUCCAUUGCGACAACUUCGCCGUCUUCUCGCGAAAGCCCCACUUCUUCGCAGAAAGAAAAUGCGCAGGAGUUUAGAAAAGUUGAACGGACUUCGAUUUUGCCUUUGAAAGAUGAUCCAUCCGAACAAAAUGGUGCUUACAAGAAAAGUACUCCCAGCUCACCGACAGUAACUUUCUUCUCCAAAGAUGCCAUAAAUGAAGUUUAUUCGAUGUUUAAUCAAAACUACACAGCACCUCAAGAAGUGAUAGACAAUGAUGACACCACAAGUAAAUUUGCCAUGUUUGAAAACUUUACUCAGGACUUUACUCGUAAAACGAUGGAUGACUUAACAGAGGUGAAAACGACAAAUGAGUCAGAACAGACAGAGAAGACUCCUCGCAAGAAUCAAGACUUGGAUUCCGAUCAAAGGGCACCAAAGGAAUCUAUGACCCCAUCUUACAAGAGCAAACUUCAAGAAUAUAUGACACCAAUCCAGGAAAGAACAGAAGCCAAUUUCAAUAUCAAAUUGGCUUCUGGUCAAAAUAAUGAGGAUGCUUUCGAAGGCAAAAAGAACGAAACAUCGAUAACAAACACUGCAGAGAGUUCUCCUUUUCUCACACAACCUCAAAAUGUGGACAAUCAUGAAGGUCACGGGCAUUCAGUAAUAUCCAAUCCACUGGGCGAAGAAACGAGAAUGAAGCAAUUGAUGACCAUUAAACCACCACUUUCUUCAUAUGCUACAUUUUAUCAGUACAAUCAAUCCCUGAAAAUGAGCGCACUACUGAGAAAAAUACAUACGGCUUCCAAGAACGCUAACAAAAAUCCUAUUGUCGACUUCAAGAAAACGAACGACUUGUACUGCAUAAGAUCUCAAUUGGGAGAAGGAGGCUAUGCCACGGUAUAUUUGGCAGAAUCAAGCACUGGAUCGCUCAAGGCUCUUAAAGUGGAGAAGCCUGCGAGUAUCUGGGAAUUUUACAUUUUGAAACAAGUCCAAAAGAGGCUAGCCGGGCAGACUAUUUUGGACUCAAUCAUCAAUGUCGAUUCUUUACACUGCUUUGAGGACGAGAGUUAUUUAGUCUUGAACUAUGCAAGUCAAGGGACCGUUCUUGAUUUGAUUAACUUGGAGAAAGAACGCAAUGGAGGACCUUUAGAUGAACUUUUGGUUAUGUACUUCGCUGUCGAACUAAUGAAAGUGAUGGAAUGCAUUCACGAUGUUGGGAUCAUCCAUGGGGACUUAAAACCUGAUAAUUGCAUGAUAAGGUUCGAAGAGAGCUCAGAAUCACUCCCAGACUAUGAUGCCAAUGGUGAAAAUGGUUGGAAUCGUAAGGGUGUGUACUUGAUCGAUUUUGGAAGGUCUUUUGAUCUUACUCUAGUGCCAACGGGAACCAAAUUUAAAGCAAAUUGGAAAACAGAUCAACAGGAUUGUUCUGAGAUGCGAGAAGGCCGAACCUGGACUUACGAAGCAGAUUACUACGGUUUAGCUGGAAUAAUUCAUGCAAUGUUGUUUGGUAGGUUCAUCGAAACACGAACUCUACCGAAUCAGACCUAUACUUUGAUCAAUAGCUUCAAAAGAUACUGGAGAUUAGAUAUCUGGCCGCCUUUAUUUGAUAUGUUGCUGAACAGUGGGAGAAACAAGACAUUACCAAUCACUGCGAAGCUCAGGGAGUUUCGCACAAAGUUGGAAAGUGCUUUAGAAGAUGACGGGCAUCGGCUAAGAGCACAAGUAUUGAGUUUACAAUCGGAUUUGUUAAAACUAAAAAAGUAA